AUGCCCUUCACACACCUCCCCCCCUUCCUGGCGCGCCUCGCCCGUCCCUUCACCCAAUCCGCCCUCCUCUCGGUCGCCCCAGAGUCCUCUGCCGGACCAAUCCCCGACGGCGCCCAGCUCUGUACCGUCGCCGCUGGCUGCUUCUGGGGAACAGAGCACCUGUACCGCAGGCACUUUGCCGGCAAGGGCCUCAUCGACGCCAAGGUCGGAUACAUUGGCGGAGACCUCGAGAACCCGAGCUACCGCGCCGUCUGCGGCGGCAAGACUGGCCAUGCCGAGGCUGCUCAAAUCAUCUUUGACCCCUCCAAGGUCUCGUACGCACAGCUCCUCGAGUUCUUCUACUCCAUGCACGACCCCACGACCCUCAACGCCCAGGGCCCCGACACUGGCCCCCAGUACCGCUCCGCCAUCUACUUCCACGACGCCGAGCAGGAGAAGAUUGCGCGCGACAUUACGGCAAAGGCCAAUGCCCAGUGGUGGAAGGGAGGCAUCGUCACCGAGAUCGCGCCCGCCGGCAAGUGGUGGUCCGCUGAGGAGUAUCACCAGCUGUACCUCAAGAACAACCCCAGUGGUUAUGAGUGCCCCAGUCACUACCUGAGGCCGUUUCCCCCUCUGAAGUGA